AUGUUUGUGGAUAACGGCUCUGUGACAGAUGUAAAUCGUCUUGAAACAACUGCAAAUGCAACGAUAACCGAGCAAGGUGUUGAUCUUUCGCAUUGUUACUAUGAACAACCUCCGCUUACCAAUGAACGCUUUUGGUUAGUGACCGUUUUUGGGAGUACCAUAUCGGUGAUCAGCAUAUGCGAGAAUCUACUGCUCUUCUUCAUUUAUUCCACAAGGUCAGCUUUUUGUCACCUAUAA